CAGAGUAUGAGCGAGUGUGUGUGUGUGUGUGAAGGGGAGUUUUACGAAGAACCUUGCCAAAACAGAGGAAGAACAGGGGCGUUCUUAUUUACAAAAUCUUUCGUUCACACAAAUCUUUUUUUUUUUUACAAGCAUUUCCAUGUGGAAUAUUCUUAUCUGACCGUCAGGAUUAGGUGGAUCGUUUUUUGUUUUCCUACAAAGCUAUGGUGGCUUACGAUGAACUGGGUAGCUUGGUGCCCACUAAACGGACUUUACAAGUGAUAGACUACCAGAACCAAGCCAACAAAGAGUCAGAGGAACCCAGCAACAAGCGCGUCCGUCCUCUUGGCAGGGUGACGUCGCUAGCCAACCUAAUCUCUCCAGUCAGGAAUGGGGCCGUCCGGCGCUUCGGCCAAACUAUCCAGUUCAUCUCCUUCCGGGGCGAUGGCAAGUCACCGGGCGGACCCCAGAAGGCGUGCUGCAAGGCUGCGGUGGCACCCACUCCUCCCAAGAGGAGGAACAGCACCCUCUGGUCUGAGACCCUGGACGUCCACCAGAAGGGAACCUUCUCCACCAAGGAGAUCAAAAGACAGGAGGCCAUAUUUGAGCUGUCUCGAGGAGAACAGGACCUUAUCGAAGACCUCCAGCUAGCACGCAAGGCGUACCAUGACCCUAUGCUGAAGCUGUCCAUCAUGUCCGAGGUAGAACUCGGCCACCUGUUUGGGGACCUCGACGCCUACAUCCCCCUCCACGAGGAUCUGCUGGCCCAGCUUGCUAAGGCCACAGGCCUGGACGGCACCGUGGGCCAGAUAGGGCAGAUCGUCCUCAACUGGUUGCCGAGGCUGAAUGCCUACAGGGACUACUGCAGCAACCAGCUAGCAGCCAAGGCCCUACUGGACCAGAAGAAGCAGGAUGCCCGUGUACAGGACUUCCUGCAGCGCUGCCUGGAGUCUCCCUUCAGCAGGAAGCUGGACCUGUGGAGCUUCCUGGACAUCCCCCGCUCUCGCCUUGUCAAGUACCCCCUUCUCCUGCGAGAGAUCCUGCGACACACUCAACCCGAACACCCCGACACAGCCAGCCUGGAAGAAGCGAUCUCCGUCAUCCAGGGCGUGCUGUCUGACAUCAACACCAAGAAGGGCGAGUCGGAGUGCCAGUAUUACAUCGACAAGAUAGAGUACCUGGACGAGAGGCAGAGGGACCCACGCAUCGAUCAGUGCAAGAGCCUGCUGUGUCACGGCGAGCUGCGCAACAAGAGCGGAACGAAGCUGCACGUGUUCCUGUUCACCCAGCUCCUGGUCCUCACACGGCCCGUCACACGCAAUGAGCGCCACUGCUUCCAGGUGUACCGGCAGCCCAUCCCGGUGCAGGACCUGGUUCUGGAGGACCUUCAGGACGGAGAUGUGAGGAUGGGUGGCUCGUUCCGAGGGGCGUUCAGCAACGCCGACAAAGCCAAGAACAUUUUCCGUGUGCGUUUCCAGGACCCAGCCCAGGGCCAGUCCCACACACUGCAGGUCAAUGACAUCUUCCACAAGCAGCAGUGGCUCAACUGCCUCCGCAGCGCCAUCUCCGUCCACGGGCCCCACCUUCCCGCCGCCCAGCCCGCCUCACCCCUCCCCGCUGCCGCGGGGGCCGAUGCGCGCCUCCUGCAACGCCGCUCCUCUUCCCUCUCCGCCGUCAUCCACAUGGAGGGGGCUGACGAGAACUGCCCUCUGACAUCUGUAUCCCCCCACAGCUCACCCUGCAGGAACGACAGCCCCAGCCCCGCCUCUACCCCCUCACCACACUCAUCCGGCUCCUCCUCCUCAUCACCAACAUUGCCACUUAUUUCACCCCUGCCACACAAAACCAUAAAGGACAAGAGGUCUCUCUGUUCCCUAGGGAAGAGGAAAGAGACUAUGGUGUAGGAGGAGGAGGAAGGGAGAAAAUGGACUCCUGUGGACAUUUUGUUUGUAGAUACUGGCGGGGGGGAGGGGAUCCUCACAGGACAUCACUGGGGUAUUUAUACGUUUUGUGUGUAUUAUUAUUAUUAUUCCAGCAGUGUUCUGUUUUACUGUCCUCAUUGGCAGCUAGUUUACUUUACCCCCCUCCAUCUCUCCCCUGUUUGUUUCAGUCCACAGUGGCUCCAUGCAUACCUGGGUAACGCAGUAUUCCGGAGAGCAUGGCUUCUGUUUGUAGUUUUACCAUUACAAUGAGCAAGCAUACACACCCAUGAAUCUGUGUAGAAGUUGUACAUCUAUAUCAGUUUUCUGCUCCUUUGGGAAUGGGUAAGCAUUAAUAUAUAAAAAAAAGUUGUACUUUUUUAUCAUUUGAAUCUUUCUGCACCUAUUUUAUUUUAAUACAGCACUGUUAUUAGCCCAAGCCAAAGUUAUUUGAACCUUGUUUGGGGAUAUGGACGUGGAAAAAAGGAUGAGCACCCACAAAAGACAACAUGGAUAUGAACAUUGAACACCAUCGCUUCAAAAAAAGUAUUGUUAGUUGCUCUACUGGAGGACAAGUAUUAGUUUUUGUACAUUCCUUUAAUGACAUGAUGUUACUAUGAUCCGGUCACCUUGUUGCAAUGACAGGCAGUUGAAAGAAUUCAUGUAAAUCCAAUCAAAUUACAUAUGAUUUUCGUUUACUUUUGAAAUGUUAGAGCCAAAUAUUUAUCGCUGCACAAAAAGUAGCGUUGUUAUGUUAUAUGACGUCCAAAGUAACUAUAGAGAAAGGUAUUUUGUUUUACUCAGUCUCCAGCAAAACAGUAACCAAAACAUUUCUGAGCCGGACUCUUCCGAAUUAAAUAGAUCACUUUUCAAUGUAGCAUCUUGGAGCUAAUGGGAUAGACACUGUUGGCUGCACAAACAAUGACAUAUACAUGCUUGUCUGAAAGGAUUUGGUUUGUAGGUGAGACAGUGUUAGCCAAAAAAUAUAUAAAUAUGUUGAAGGACUAGAGAACGUCUGCAGAAAGCAGGAAGGGAAAGAUGGAAACGUAGGAUUUUAAAGAAACUGAGAAGUUGGAUGUUUGGUGCAAGGCGUACGUAACCCCACAAUGGUAGCUCUCUGACAGAGCUGAGUGGUUCCUUGCUCAAAAUUGAUGUUUUGAGGCACUGGUGAAAAGCCAUUGAGUAUAAAAAAGGGAUUUGUAAGUAAGGGAGGGAGAGAGAGAGAAGGUAUGAGAAAGUAAUAAAAAAAGGAUGUGUGUAAGAUGUGUACGAAACAAAUAACAAGAGGGCAAAGGAUGGAAAAACAGAACUGCAAAUGUCUAUAGGACUGCCAUGGCAGGUAUGUAAGUAUUUAUGUGGUGUAAAUCAAGGAUUAUAGAACAAUAAAGAUCUAUGUAAGAUUUGCAUCGUAACUUGAGUUUCCUGGAUUUUUGUACUCCAUGAUCUAGAGUAAGCAAAUCACUCAAGGACAUCAUGUUUGCUGGAUGGAGAGUAGUAGGAGAGUAUUACUUCUUGCCUCUUCGCUAGAAGUUAAAAUUCUACCAUAAACAUAUAUUUGAGCGUGUCAUUUGUUUAUUCAGUCUAUUCCUGUGACCCACAUAGUCAAUAAGAAAAACACUCUCACUUAGUUUCUGUUGACGAGAAACUUAAAUGUUCAUCUUUAGCUCUAUUAUCAUUUACAGAGAACCUUUUCAAACUUGGCAGUAGUUAACAUGUUUCAAAAUGGGGAAAUAACUAUAUCGCCUGACACCUCUUUCCUCAGAACCCGUUUCCACAGAAGAAAACGUUGUCUUGUCAAAUGUGUCCUAACAAAUGGUCCCCAAAGGCCUUUAGCACACUGAUAGAGACUUAGGACUCUCCUAGUCUGAGGAGUUUAGAACGAUCAAAUUCUGAAGGUGACAUGAAUUUGAUUUGGUUUUAUGGUGUCAACUAAGAUAAUGUAGUAAAAAAGGAGGGCAACACUUUAUUUUGAUGGUCUGUCGGUUGACACGCUAUAGGUUAUCAGUAACUACUCAGUAGCAUGUCAACAAUGUAUCCGUUUACAUUCAACAAAACAGUUUCAACAGAUAUGUAGUUAUGCAUUUCAAGUGUUGAUCUACAUAUUUUACUGAAUGUGUCUGCUGACUUUCAAAGCAAUAAAAUAUAAAUAAAUAAACCAAUAUUCAUCU